GCGCGAUUGGCCAGCGCAUGAACUCGCAUAUUCCCCCGCACGCUCCGGUCUGUGUGCGCCUGACAAGCUGACGCUUGCUUGUUCGCUCUCCACUAACAUCGGGAUCAACACUGGCCGUUCACGCGGCUGAAUGUACACUGUGUCUCGCUUGUUUGUGUGAGCAAAUGGCUUGUGUUUGAGCGUAAGAGCCACCGGCCACCUGCGGACGGAAUGCACGGAUUUCUCCCUGCAGGAAUUUAACCUGGUGAGGGAGGAGGAGCGCGGCUCAUACCUCACGCGGGCAGUUAUUCCGGGAGGCUGCCGCACUUCUCCGGUGGACAGGCUACCGAGGUGCGCGCGGAGGGAUGUCGGAAUGGCUUGCACCAGGAGAACAAAAACUUUGGUGUCGACGUGCGUGAUUCUGAGCGGCAUGACCAACAUAGUCUGCCUGCUCUAUGUCGGAUGGGUCACGAAUUACAUUGCCAACGUCUACGUCAAAGUCCCCAUGCCCGUCCCGGACAAAAAGUUGGACGGCGACAAAAAGGGAGAAACUCUCCGGAUUAUCGAGCGACUGGAUCGGCUCGAGAACGUGGUGAACCAGCACAUUCAAGAGAUUCCUCUGAGAGGAGAGGGUGUGCAGGCGGAGGCAGAGCAGUCCUUCUCUGACUCCUCCCUCUUCAGUCACUGGGGGCGGGACCUGGGCCCUGAGAGCCGGCGCGUGGCGCUCAAGAUGUUCCAGGCGCACGGCUACAACAGUUACCUUAGCGACCGCAUCUCACUGGACCGCCCCAUCCCUGACCUCAGGCCAGACGGGUGUAAGAACAUCUCCUACCCGCCCCACCUGCCCCAGGUGAGCAUCGUCUUCAUCUUCGUCAACGAGGCGCUGUCCGUCAUCCUGCGCUCCAUCCACUCCGCCAUACACACCACGCCCACACACCUGCUCAAGGAGAUCAUCCUGGUGGACGACAACUCCAGCAAUGAGGAGCUGAAGCUGCGUCUGGAUGAGCACGUGUCGGAGCUGAACUCCAGGCGUCCCGGGCUGCUGAAGCUGGUGCGGCACCAGAGGCAGGAGGGGCUGAUCCGCUCACGGGUCAGUGGAUGGAGGGCGGCCUCCGCACCAGUGGUGGCGCUGUUCGACGCACACGUGGAGUUCAACACUGGCUGGGCGGAGCCCAUCCUGUCUCGUAUCCAGGAGGACCGCACACGCAUCGUCUCGCCGUCGUUUGACAACAUCAAGUACGACACGUUUGAGGUGGAGGAGUACCCUCUCUCUGCGCAGGGCUUUGACUGGGAACUCUGGUGCCGAUACCUCAACCCCCCUAAGGCCUGGUGGAGCCUGAGCAACAACACUGCCCCCAUCAGGACCCCUGCUCUGAUUGGCUGUUUUGUGGUGGACCGUCAGUACUUUGAGGAGAUUGGUUUACUGGACGAGGGCAUGGAGGUGUAUGGAGGAGAGAACGUGGAGCUGGGCAUCAGGGUGUGGCAGUGCGGAGGCAGUGUGGAGGUGUUGCCGUGUGCGCGUAUCGCCCACAUUGAGCGUGCACACAAGCCCUACACAGAGGACCUGACUGGGCACGUGCGGCGCAACGCACUGAGGGUGGCCGAGGUCUGGAUGGACGAGUUCAAGACCCACGUCUACAUGGCCUGGAACAUCCCCCAGGAGGACUCAGGGAUAGACAUCGGUGAUAUCUCGGAGCGGCGAGCCUUGAGGAAGCGACUACAGUGUAAGACGUUCCGCUGGUACCUGGUCAACAUCUACCCUGAGAUGAGGAUGUACACUGACAUGGCCGCCUAUGGAGUGCUGAAGAACUCACUGAAGCCAGAGGUGUGUUUGGACCAAGGACCAGACCAGGACAACGUGCCCAUACUCUACCUGUGUCAUGGGAUGACCCCGCAGGUAAUGUACUACACCCAGACGCAGCAGGCUGUACGUCAGGCCUGCUCAGCCCCCACCAUCGACUCAGGCGACAACAAGUGCCUGGUGGACGUCAACGGCAGGCCACGCCUCCUGGAGUGCAGCUACGCCACCGCCAAACGCAUGAAGCUCUACUGGCUCUUCUCCCAGGGAGGCUCUAUCCAGAACCGACGGUCCAAGCGCUGUCUGGAGCUGGUGGAGAGCGGCACCAGUGAGUUCGGGUUCCAGCUGGUUCUGCAACGCUGCACUGGACAGAAAUGGACCAUCACCAACCUGCUGAACAGCGGCCUCACCUGACCGCCAGCCCACCAAUCACAGGGCAGGACACUGGAUAUGAGCCUCCAGCCCACCAAUCACAGGGCAGGACACUGGAUAUGAGCCUCCAGCCCACCAAUCACAGGGCAGGACACUGGACAAGGUGGCAGGCUGAAUAUCACUGGAGCACCUUUAUAUCUGACUGGACACCACUGGACCCACCUCCUCUGAGUGCAGAUACUUACACAGUGCAGAUACCCCACGACCACACACACCCCACGACUACACACACCCCACGACCACACACACCCCACAACUACACACACCCCACGACUACACACACCCCACAACUACACA